ACCUCCCGGUUGUAAAUUAAAUGCUUUCAUUCGAACGGUAAAGAACUGUUAAUAUAAAUUCGAUUUUCUGCAAACCGGUAGAAAUUCGUGCGUUCGCAUCGUCAAUACACGUCCCUAAACGAAGCCAAUAAACCAAGAUGGGCGACCAAGUACCGCCGGAGCAGAUGCAGGCCCUCACGGCCCCCACGCACCUCGAGCACCUCUGCCAAUUGGACAUCAACUCCCAAGCCUCGUUCAUCCGAUUGUCCGGCAUCAUUUGUACCAUAGGGCCGGCGUCUAGAGAUGUGGAUAUGUUGGUGAAGAUGAUGGAGGCCGGCAUGAACGUGGCCCGUUUGAAUUUCUCGCACGGCUCCCACGAAUACCACGCCGAGACGAUCGAGAACCUACGCAAGGCUCAAGCCGUUUACAGCAAACAAAUCGGCAUCCACUAUCCCCUGGCUAUAGCUCUGGAUACCAAAGGUCCGGAGAUCCGUACCGGAUUACUCGAAGGCGGCGGUUCGGCCGAGGUGGAGCUGAAGAAGGGCGAGAAGAUCAAGCUGACGGUGGACAAGGCGUACGAAUCGAAGGGCACCAAGGACAUGGUGUACAUCGACUACGAGAACAUCCAAUCGGUGAUCGAGCCGGGCAACCGGAUCUACCUCGACGACGGGCUGAUGUCGCUCACCGUCGACGAAAUAUCCGGAUCGGUGUUGACUUGUACUAUAGAGAACGGCGGCAUGUUGGGCAGUCGUAAAGGAUGCAAUUUGCCGGGCGUCGCGGUGGAUUUGCCGGCCGUGUCCGAGAAGGACAAGUCCGAUUUGAAAUUCGGCGUGGAUCAAAAGGUCGAUAUGGUGUUUGCGUCGUUUAUCAGGAACGGCGAGGCCUUGCAGGACAUUCGACAGGUGUUGGGCGACGGCGGGAAGAAGAUUUUGAUCAUUUCCAAAAUCGAAAAUCAACAAGGCAUGAACAAUCUGGACGAGAUCAUCGAAGCGUCGGACGGCAUAAUGGCGGCGCGCGGCGACCUCGGCAUCGAAAUACCCACCGAAAAGGUAUUCCUCGCCCAAAAGGCGAUGAUAGCCCGUUGCAAUCGAGCCGGCAAACCGGUCGUCUGCGCCACCCAAAUGCUCGAAUCGAUGGUGAAAAACCCGCGACCGACGCGCGCCGAAAGCUCCGACGUCGCCAACGCCGUCUUGGACGGCGCCGAUUGCGUCAUGUUGUCGGGCGAAACGGCCAAAGGUCGCUACCCGUUGGAGUGCGUGCGCACGAUGGCGAACAUCUGCAAGGAGGCGGAGGCGGCGAUGUGGACGCAGGAGAUGUACAAAGAUCUGGCCGAUUCGAUGCCGAUACCGUUGGACAUGGCCAACACGAUCGCCCUGUCGGCCGUCGAGGCGUCGAACAAAUGCAUGGCGGCCGCCAUUAUCGUGAUCACUACGUCGGGCAAAUCGGCGUAUUUGAUAUCGAAAUUCAAGCCGAGGUGUCCGAUUAUAGCGAUAACGCGAAACGCGCAGGUCGCCCGACAGGCGAUGGUCUACAGGGCGGUGUUGCCGUUGUUGUACGAGGGCGCCAGGUUGGAUGAUUGGUUGAGAGAUGUGGAUGCUCGGUUGAUAUUCGGUAUUCGUUACGGUAAGGUGAAGGGUUUUAUCAAGACGGGCGAUCCGAUUAUCGUGGUGACCGGUUGGAAGCAGGGUUCCGGUUAUACUAAUACGAUGAGGAUCAUUUAUGUGGCCGAUGAGGUGCAGGCCAUUUGUACCGGGGCUUGUUCUAAGUAGAUGGAUAUCGAGCGGUUGCCGAUGGGCUUUUUUUUAUCGAUGUGUGAAAAAUUGUAUCGAUAAUGAGCGCUGGGCGUAUAUUCCGUACUCUAAUUAUAUAUUUUUCGGUUUGCGUAGCACCUGUCAAUAAAUUAUUUGAUUAGUAUUAUGUGUGUAAAAUGUAUAUUGCAAAAUUUCGAUGAUGCGAAGCUAUGUAUUUCGAUGAAAAAAUUCCUAGUUUCUCUAGUCUAUAUAAUUGAAAUUAUAAUUUUGUUGAUUGGCAUAACUGAAAGUUAUUUUGUAAAAUUUGUUUUCCGGUUGAAAUCAUAAAAUAAUAAUGAAUGUUUAA